AUGUUUGAGAAGUUCAUGGCAACGACUAAUCAGCAUAUGGAAGCCAACAACCAGUUUAUGCAAAAGACAGACGCAACUCUUCAAGACCAAAGUGCAACAAUCAAAAAUUUGGAGACGCAAAUGGGACAAAUGAUAAUCUCCAUGACAGGUAGAGCACCAGGAAACUUACCCAGCAACACUAAGAUCAACUCUAAGGAGCAUGCAAAGGCUAUAACAACUAGAAGUGGAGUACAACUACCGAAUAUACAUGUAAAAAGAUCGGUAGCUAGCAAGGAAUUAGCACCAAUCUCAGAUGACGAGAUUGUGGAACAGACUGAACGAACAACAGGGGAUGUUGCCAAGAAGAAUUCCAAUACAUCACGGGGUACAGCUACCAAUUUUAUCAACCCUCAUGAGCCACCUAUUCCAUUCCCGCAGAGGUUGAAAAAACACAAAUUGGAUCAGCAAUAUAGUAAAUUUCUUGAAGUCCUCAAGAAAUUACACAUCAACAUCCCAUUUGCUGAGGUACUUGUUCAGAUGCCGAGUUAUGCAAAAUUUCUAAAGGAUAUCCUCUCUAACAAGGGAAAGAUAGAAGAAAAUGAAACAGUGAUGUUAAUUGAGGAAUGCAGUGCCAGAAUCCAAAAAAAGCUACCUCUAAAACUAAAGGAUCCAUUAAGGUCAUAA